AUGCCUCCAGAAGAACAUCAGUGUGCCACACCUGCCAAGAGGGCCAUCAAAAAGAUCCGAAUGACUAGCUUAGUUAUCAGCUUGGCCCGAGGUUGGCAGCAAUGGGCAACUGAACACAACACAAAGCAAGCACAGGAACCUAGUGGAUGGGUGCCUAAUGAAGAGAAAUCACCAAAUGCCCCAAGAGAGCAGAUGUUUCCCAAACAUCAGUCAAAAGAUGAGAUACAGUUUCCACUGAAACAGCAAGUGUCAAACAAAGAUGGAGAACAAAGUCCACGUGAGUCAUCAGAAGCUCUUGAGAAAUUUAACAUUAGAAGUAAAGAAGUUACCAAAACCGUAGCAAGGACACUCUCUGAAAGAAGCAGUGACAUUGGUCUCCUCAGCAACAAAUAUGAAAAAGAUGAAUUUGCUGAGACAGGAAAGAUCACCAAUGACCCUAAAAAUAUUGAUCAAAUUCUUAGUAGUAAAGUGUCUCCUACAAGAAGGAGAAAGUGUUCCAAUCUAGUAACAGAAAUGACAAAGGGAUGGAAGCGUUUAGAACAAGAAGAACUACAGGAUUAUCGCAGCAACAGCCUGGAUACAGAGGACAGUGACUAUGCUGAAGACACAGAGGACAGACUUGACAUAGAUCAUAAUAUUCAAGAAAUACGGCAUGUUGUGAGGAUAAAACAUCCCAUGGCCUCAUAUAAAAAUAGAAACAUCAAGUUGUCUAAGAAUUAUAGCCCUGUCUACACUCUAAAGGGGCGAUGGGAAGAAUGGGCUGAUGAGCAUGUGACAAUACAAAAACUCAACCCUUUCAGUGAAGAGUUCGACUAUGAGCUUGCUAUGGCCACCCGUUUGCGUAAAGGAGACGAGGGCUAUGGCUAUCCUAAAGAAGGCACAAAAACAGCAGAACGGGCCAAGAGAGCAGAGGACCAUAUCCACCGGGAGAUGAGAGACCUGUGUUUCAUCAUCAGAACAAUGGCUCAGCCCCGACGUGAUGGCAAGAUCCAAGUCACUUUUGGUGAUCUCUUUGAAAGAUAUGUUCAUAUUUCAGAUAAAGUGGUUGGAAUACUCAUGAGAGCCAGAAAACAUGGGAUGUUAGACUUCAAGGGAGAAAUGUUGUGGCAAGGCCGGGAUGAUGCUGUUCUAAUAACUUUGUUAGAAUAA